UGAAAUUCACUCUCUACUGUUUCUAUAUCUAGUACUAUUCAUCUUCUCGUUGAAAUGUUUUGUUAAAGUUGGUAAUUGAGCUGUUUUUGAACUUUGAAUUUUGAGUCUCUUGAGGCUGAUGCUAUUUGUCUGAAGGGGUUUUGAAUCCCCACUGAUGCUUUCAAGUCAAGAUUGUGCUAGAUAUUCCACGUACAAAUCAAAUGCCAUCACUAAAAAUGAAGACAAGGCCAGCCUCAUCCAGUUCGAAAGAAAAAAAUGGUCUCCACGUCUGUCCAAAUUCAAGUGUCAUAUCCAAGAGUUCUCUCUCCCGAACCAGAAGUGUGCAGAAUGCAAAAGAAGUUACAGAUUUGAUUCACAAUAGUCAUGAUGUUCCUAUCUACUAUGAAGUAUAUCCACACCAAGUCGGAAGAAAUGGAGACCACGCUAAUGAUUUGGCAGAUAAACUGCUUGAGAAGCAACAUCCACCCGUUACUGAUUCUGCAACCUUUGAUACAAUGGUAAAUAUGUUACAGGGUGUUAACUAUCAUUACCUGACAUUUUCAGUUUAUGUUGCAGUGUAUAGUAGUCUUAUAUUAUUUGUUCAUUUCUUUCAACUAUUUGGUGUAUAGUGGGGUAAGGACUGC